CCGUCCAGCCGACGAUUACGGGCUUUCCAGGUGGGGCCCUUUCAUCACCUUUUUCUCUCUCCCCAUUUUUUGUUUUUAUUUUUAAAAAUUGAAACUUUAUGUUUGGUUUCCACCCACAAUUACCCCUGCUCUUUUUAAGACAACCUUUUCCUCUCAUUCUUAUAAUUAAAAAAAAAAAAGACCGAACAUAAAUCCGGUCUUCCCCUCUCUCUCUCCUUCUUCCUCGUCGUCUUCCAUGGCGUCCACCCGUGAGGGCCACUACCGAGGAGUGAGAAAGCGGCCGUGGGGCCGCUACGCCGCCGAGAUUCGCGACCCGUGGAAGAAAACCCGAGUCUGGUUGGGCACUUUCGACACCCCGGAAGAAGCCGCAUUAGCCUACGACGGCGCCGCCAGGUCCCUCCGGGGAACCAAGGCUAAGACCAAUUUCCCUCUUCCGCCCUUCGUCCCGCCUCCGCUUCCGCCGCCGCCUUCCUUCCCGCUGGAUCUAAACAACCUCCCGUCCGACCAACACCUCCGCAGCUAUUGGCCUCCGCCGCCUGGCCGCCGCUUCAUGAUUGGAGAGUUCCUCCAGACCUGUGUGCCCAAGGCGGCCUUCGUGCACCCGCCUCUGCCUCCCUUGAAGGUAGUGGGUGCCGCCGCUGCCUCACCCACUCCGGCAGCCGAACACGGCGGCGAGGCGAACUUGUUUGCAGCCGUUUCUAGGCGCGGCUUGCCGAUCGACUUGAACGAGCCACCGCCGAUGUGGAUGUAACGUUUCGUGUGCAUUUUCUCUACUAUAUUUUUCUCUUCUCAUGGGAGAAGAUUUCGGCCCGGCCCCGCCGAAUAUUUGUGAAAAUGGUUAUGAACUUAUGAUGA